AUGCAGUUGCAUCAUCUAUUUCUAGCUGGUUAUCUCGGGCUCUCGCAAGCUCUGGGCCUGAACUCUUUCAACAUUCUCGAUAGGCGUGGCUCCUGCGAUGGAAAUACCGCUUCCACUCGCUCAACAUGGUGUGACUAUUCCAUCGACACUGACUAUUCUAUCGAACCUGUUGAUACUGGUGUGACAAAAGAAUAUUGGUUGGAGUUGACAGAUGUUACUGUUGCCCCCGAUGGCUAUUCACGUUCAGCCAUGGCCGUCAACGGUACUAUACCGGGCCCUACUCUCUUUGCUGACUGGGGCGAUACUGUUGUGGUCCAUGUAACCAAUUCUUUGACUACAUCCCUAAAUGGCACUAGUAUACACUGGCACGGUAUCCGUCAGAACUACACCAACCAAUACGACGGUGUAUCGUCUAUUACUCAGUGUCCUCUUGCAGUUGGAGAGACCGUUACCUACACCUGGAAAGCUACACAGUACGGCUCAACAUGGUAUCAUUCGCAUUGGGUGCUUCAAGCUUGGCAGGGUAUCUUUGGUGGUAUCAUCAUCAACGGACCCGCUACCACCGACUACGAUGAAGAUCUAGGAAUGGUCUUUCUCAACGACUGGGACCACCAGACUGUAGACGAGCUCUACUAUUCAGCCGAGACAAAUGGACCUCCGACUUUGGAUAACGGACUUAUCAACGGUACUAACGUAUAUGGUGAUGAUGAUGAUAGUUCCCAGACUGGCUCCCGCUUUAACGUAUCCUUCCAGUCUGGUACAUCAUACCGUAUGCGGUUAGUUAAUGCCGCAGUUGACACGCAUUGGAAGUUCUCCAUCGACAACCACACUUUAACAGUCAUCGCAUCAGACUUGGUACCUAUCGAACCAUAUGAAACGACAGUCCUGGAUAUCGCCAUGGGUCAGCGAUACGAUAUCGUAGUAACCGCCGACCGAGCCGACGUUGCCGACAAUUUCUGGAUGCGUGCGAUUCCCCAAUCAGCCUGUUCAGAUAACGACUCCACGGAUAACAUCAAGGGCAUUGUCUACUACGGGGAUAGUCCUGGCACACCCUCCACAACUGGCUAUGACUACACAGACAGUUGCGACGAUGAAACAGACAACCUGGUGCCCUACAUCUCCAAAAGUGUUGAAGACGCCAACUGGAGUGACCUAGAGACAGCCACUGUUGCACAGAACAGUGCUGGUCUGUUCAAGUGGAUGCUUAACAGUACUAGCUUCCUGAUGGACUGGGCAAACCCGACUCUAGGUCAAAUCCUCAACGGCACUACUGAUUUCGACACGGAAAACGCAGUCAUUGAGUUGACGGAGGCGAAUCAGUGGGUUUAUUUUGUCAUCGAGACAACUCUCCCAGUUCCUCAUCCCAUUCAUCUGCAUGGCCACGACUUUUUCAUCCUGGCACAGGGAACUGGUACAUACUCUUCUUCUGUGACUUUGAACACUAGCAAUCCACCUCGGCGUGACACAGCCAUGCUUCCAGCAAACGGAUAUCUUGUCAUGGCUUGGGAAACGGACAACCCUGGUGCUUGGCUGUGCCAUUGCCAUAUUGGUUGGCAUACAUCUGAGGGUUUUGCUUUGCAGUUUAUUGAGCGUGCAAGCGAAAUCCCCGACAUUACGGCGUCUAGCUAUGUUUCUGACGUUUGCGAUGCUUGGACUACUUUCCAGAGUGAGAACCUGAUUGAGCAGGAGGAUUCCGGUGUUUAG